CCGGGACGGUGCUCUCCGCGCGCACCCACGCGGGGCUCCUGGGGAUCACGCGCCGGCGGCAGUACCGGGGCGCCCCCGCCCGCCACGGUGGUACCUCCCGGGCUACGGCGUCCCAGCGCGGCCGAAAGGUCUCCGGUUGCGCCGGUUCGCGUUUCUCGUGGAGCCUUGAUUGAUAGCUGCAGAGCCGAGUCUCCCCACAGCAUUUGCCAUCCCCCAUGAAGCCACGUGUGGAGCCACGAGCCAGGCUACUUCCCGGUCCUGUCCCCUCCCCCUAACAUCCUGCCCGGGCCUGAGGGGCAGCAGGGGCCUGUGAGUUACUGUGGCCUGAGGCCAGACCCAGGCUCAGCUUCCCAGACUUCGGAUGGCCAGAGAGCUGAAGCGCUGCAGCAUGGCGCGCGGCUGCCUUCAGGGCGUCAAGUACCUCAUGUUCGCCUUCAACCUGCUCUUCUGGCUGGGUGGCUGUGGCGUCCUGGGCGUUGGCAUCUGGUUGGCCGCCACACAGGGGAACUUCGCUACUCUGUCAUCCUCGUUCCCGUCCUUGUCGGCUGCCAAUCUUCUCAUCGUCACCGGAAGCUUUGUCAUGGCCAUCGGUUUCGUGGGCUGCAUCGGGGCCCUCAAGGAGAACAGGUGCCUGCUGCUUGCUUUCUUCGUGCUGCUGCUGCUGGUGUUCCUGCUGGAGGCUGCCAUUGCCGUGCUCUUCUUUGCCUACAGUGACAAGUUCCGUUGCUGCGGAGUCUCCAACUAUACCGACUGGUUUGAAGUGUAUAACGCCACUCGCGUGCCCGACUCCUGCUGUCUCGAGUUUAGCGAUAGCUGUGGGUUGCAUGCCCCAGGUACCUGGUGGAAAGCACCCUGUUAUGAGACAGUGAAGGCCUGGCUCCAGGAGAACCUUCUGGCUGUGGGCAUCUUUGGACUGUGCACUGCGCUGGUACAGAUUCUGGGCCUCACCUUCGCCAUGACCAUGUACUGCCAGGUGGUAAAAGCGGACACCUACUGUGCAUAGGUCUCACAGCCUCUGCUUCUCUGCCAAAGGACCCCGCCCACAGGGAGAUGUCCAAGACCACCUCCUCUGUAGGACUUGGUGCUCUGCUGGACUCAGGGGAGGAGCUGGUGUCAAGAGCACCCAGGACCCAUCCCUGCCCCGAGGAGUCUCAGUUUGGGUGGCUACAGAGUCUCCAGACUGUGGGGUUGGUACUGAGCACAGCAAUUGGGGCUACAGGCAGGGGGAACUCUUGAUGCUCUUUAUGUAUUCUCCAGUCUUCACACAGCGUGGGGUCCCUAGCCUCGCAGGGAUGCAGGGUAGUAGGCAAGCUCAGCCUGCUCAAGGCCCUGACUGGUCCUGGUGCUCCAGGCAGGGCCAGGCCCCAUCAUCCACAUUCCACGGCACUGCCACAGCUCCAGGUGCAUCUUAAUAAAAUACAUGAGCAGCCCUCGUGUCUCGCUGGGCACACACAGGC